UUGAGAUUUUGAAUCAGUCUCAAAGCGGACGCAGCUGAGCGAUUUCGAAUAGGAUUAGGAGUGCCAGCUGAUGGACGGCCGAGACAUCCUCUGCUCUCUGGAGGCCCAUUCUCUAGCCAUCACCAACUUUAGACAGGCAUCCUAAAAUUAAUAAGUGUCUGUUAAACAGAUAUAUGACCCAAGACACAUAUUCAGACGAGGCUUCUGUUGUUAUGGCUGGUGUAAGUGCUCGUUUUAUUUUGCUUCUAGAGCCUAAGAGUUGUUGUUGAAACAUGACAAAUAUCUUUACAUAUUGUUAUUAUUAUAGUGUGAUAUUCAUGGAUCAUUUCUUGUUUCUGGACAAAAGCUAAGAUAAAGAAAGUCGCAUCAAUCAAAUAAUCCAUCCCUCUGGCUCUGGUAUUGUAGAGCAUACUUCAGAGUUCAGUGAUGGUUAUAAGGAACACAUUCUCAGUUUUGGGACCGGACACCCAAGAGGAAAGGCUCAGAGGAUCUGGGAAAUUCUUAUUGGAGAUUGCCAUAUCAGUUAUGGAUGUUAAAAUGCAUGGGUUGUGUGCUGAUGCUGCAAUCCUGGCAUAAUGACUCCUCCAUUAACAGAACUCCAGGUGAUUCCUUAUAUAAUUACCCUGCCACUUGCAAAUGGAUUCUAUAGAAGUUCUUCAAAUGGUCUAAGAGUUUUUGAGUAAUUGUUGGGUACAUGAUUUCCAAAAUAGUUUAAGCAUAGUACAUCCAAAGUUUAUCUGUUGGUUUAUUCUUUGUUGGCUGACCUGAUCCGACCUGACUUCAAGAUCCAACACCAGAUUUUAAUGCACAGGUAAAAGUGAAAAGAUGACUUUUUUUUAAAAAAAAUUCUUGAGAUGUUAACCUAGAAGUGUUUAAAAAAUUGAUGAUUUUUACUUAACUACUCGGCUGGAUAUUUUUGCUUACAGAUGACAAUGGUAUAUCCUGCAGGCAUCCUAAACUUAGAGUCUGUUGAACAAAGAGAGGCAUCCUAAAAUAUUUUCAGUAGAUAGAAGCAGGUCCUUAGUGGGAGCCUUUCUGUCAAGAGUUAUACCACAGCCUGCAGUGUUUUCAACCAUUCCUUGUUUUCAACUAUUACAUGAUAUGGCAGAGUGGGCCAAAUCUCAACGAAAGUCAGGAGAAUAGCCUCAGCAAUUUUGCAUGUGAUUUCUUUCCUAAUAGGUUCUAUUACGAUGUUAAGCCUAUUAUUGCAUAACUACAGAUUGUUGGAAGUUGGAAGCUUCACCUUUGACAUGUUCGAAGGAUCACCCUAGAAAGGGUGAAAAACUCACCUUAUCCCUCAGUGGCACAUUUUCUUUUUCUGUGUGGAUGGAGUUGUUGGCUGCAACAACUGAUACACUUGGUUUUAUAUUGCUCUUAGACACUCAAGUCACUUCUUGUGGUGCAACUGUGAAAGUGAUGCAACUGCUUGUUCAUGGAGAUGUUAAUCAGUAGAGAUUGCUCAUGUCAAGUUCCUCUUACCAUUAACCAACAGAGUGACUAUUGCCUUCAUCCAGCUAGUUAUGCACGGAUGCUUCUUGGAAAGGAAUUCUUGAGGUUUGACGCCACGAAUCACACAAUUCUAAGUGGAUUCCCCCUAGUUGUGCGUUUCAUUUGGUAACAUAACACCUACCUAGUAAGUCUGAGGAUUCACCACAAAUGACAUGAUAUGAUUCAUGCUACCAUUGGUGACGACACUUGCAGGGGCGAAUGCUUUUACACCAACUGAAACGAGCCGGAAGCCCGUCGGUCAAUCGCACGGCAUCCCCAAUCGUUGGAUUUGUGCCUCAAAUUAACAAGGCAACCUAUCAUAAUGUUAUAGGAUGUCACAUUAGUUAAAAACUUAAUUAAAUUUUCAUGUUGUAACUAUCGAAUUUGAAUUUUAAUAUAAAUGAGAAAGAGGU